CCUACUCCGUUUUAAUGGCGACCGGACCGACUUGCCCACUACGUGUUUGACAUAGAAAAUAUAUUUGUAGCUGAUUUUAGAGCGUUCACCAAACACUCGAACUUUGUGGAGAGUGGAGAUAGUCGUCAACACAGUUUGUUGAUCCGUGCGCUGCUGGCAUAUUCCGUUGAUCCCCGUUUCCCACGCCUGGACCUCUGGAGAAAAGUGUGUCUGUGUCGCAAAGUGCCUGAAAUUUUGCCUUGCCUUGUCGCUGGCUCUCGUAGUCGAAUAUUCAUAAUGGCCAGACUCACAAAGGUUUACAACACGGACGACGACGACUCCGGUUACGUUGGACGCAGGAAUUUGCCCCUGGUGGCUGGCGAUAAGUUAAUGAUGCUCAUGGACCUGAACAGCAAAGGACUGGUGAUCGACAGUCCGAUGAUCCGCGGACGCGACCUGGAGGAGUUCUCGCGCAAAUUCAAACUUCUUACAGAGGCCGAGCGCCGGCAGUCGCUGGAGAUCGAUAGCGAAAGCUUCAUGAUGGUCCUCAACCAGUGUGUCCAAUGCGUGGGUUGCCGGCGACGUGUGGAGCGGCUGUUCCACCAACUAACCGAGUCAGGACACCGAACGCUUGAUCCACUGGAGCUGCGCCCCUCAGCCACACUGGGCAUUGUCGAGGAGAAACUGAAGACCCCGCAGGCCCUGGGCACGCUGCUCUAUCGGCAUCACGAGGUGCUCAACAACCUGCUGGACAACAAACUGCGAAACAAGACGCGCUGUGUCCUCCACUCGUUAGACGCCUUCCGCGCCAAACCCUUUUCGGAGACGUGGCGCGAGGUGUGGUCCGCAAUGAAGAGCAAUUGCCGCAAUGAGCUGACCAUCAUCGAGACCAAGGAACUGCACGACGUGCUCGAGAACUACCUGAAGAAGCACAAGUUCUGCUCCGGCUGCCGGACAAAGAUCGAGCGCGCCUACAAAAUACUCAUUGGUGAGGUGUCGGCCAAGGAGAAGGGUUACGCGGCCCAGCUGUAUGCCCAUAUCCGCAAGUGCGUGCCCGACCAGCACAUCCACGUGAGCACCAACAAGAUAGAGUUCCUGGACGCACUAAUCAAGCGCGCCGAGCCGGAGGUUAACGGCAGCUACUCGAAGCUACGUGAGCGUCACGCCAAGACGUUGGAGAUCGCUCAGGAAGAGGUGCUGACCUGCGUGGGCAUGAUUAUGUAUGAACGACUCCGACGCAUCUACGUGAGUCUGCGGGAGGAGGAGCGCGCCUGCCAGGUGCUGGCCGCUGUGGGUGUCCACGCCCUCUGUCGCAGCUUCGACACGUUCGUGGAGCAGAAGCAGGGAAUCAGCAACCUGGAGCUGCUCUACCAGGAGAUCAGCCGAGCAGAGCGGGCCAAGCAGAUCAAGCGGGAGCAGAAGAAGCUCAAGAAGAAGAAGAAGAAGGACGAGAAGAAGAACAUGCUGCACCGACUAUGCGAGAAUACAGAGGCCAACGAGGAGUCUGACGAUGAGGAGGAGCAGGAGUUGGAGAAGGCGGAGCUAGAUCAGGAAGAGGAGGAGGAGACUCAGGAGCAGCAUGUGGAACUAAGCGAUCCAGGUGCGGAUGAUGGCAUUGUCAUAGAGGCACCACACCCGGAGCCGGAACCAGAGCCCACGUCCAAGCCAACGAAAUCGAAACCGAAGAAACAAGCGAAGAAAAAGAAGCAGAAGCCAGCAGCUUCCCAGAAGGCUGACAACCGGAAGCAGGUGCAGCCUUUGGGUAGCAUCCAACCUCUGGACGACGAUCACGAUCACCUGGACGUGGACAGCUGCAUCUCGUCGAGCGUCGUCAAGGCGGUCGGCGGCGGCGAUAAGUGCGUAGAGUGCAUGGCCCCAAUGCCCAACUGCCCGUGCGAGCAGGAUGUGCGCGAUUCCGGCUACGGCAGCGAUCCCACAUCACCCGCCGACUCGCCGGAGGGCUCGGAGGUGUCUUGCUCGGACGGACUGUGUAAUCACGACGGCCACGACGAGGAUUCAGACGGCUUAGCCGCCCGAAACAGCUACGUCUCUGACCUACUGUUCUACGGCCAUCAGUCGCAGUUUUCAUUGUUGCAGAUGUGGGACGACUUCGAUGAAUACGACGAAAAAGACGAGGAGAGCUAUUACAUUCCACAGGAGGUGGUUCUGGCCUUCAAGUGCCACCGGGAGCAGGUGCAGCAAAAGCGGGAGCAGCUUCGCGCCACGCUGCGCGCCAACUUCGAGCGACUGUGCCUGCAGCGCGGCGUGCAAACGCAGUGGCCGGAAUCGAAGCGGGCAACGACUGCCCUGGUUGGCCAUUAAAAACGCAUUAAACCGUUGUAGUUAUUCAGUCGAGCGCGGCGAUUUCUCAAAAUCCGCCCGCAUGCAUUCAAAGUACAUAUAAUUUUUUGUUUUUUGAAAUAAAUGAAGUAUACAAGUUA